AUGGUUCAUCAUCCAAGACUACUUUGUCUUCAUGGAGGCGGUGCUUCUUCACAGAUCAUGCGUAUACAAUUCUCCAAGCUAGAGUCCGCCCUACGCAAAACGUUCCAGCUUGUCUUCCUGGAAGGCCCUCUAGACAGCGCCCCGGGACCUGGCGUUCUCCCCUUCUUUGAGGACUUUGGUCCAUACUCCUGCUGGGUCAGCGAUGACAAGUCAUUAUUACCAGAGGAGAAGAGGAAAGAAGAAACCAAUGCAACUGCAUACAUAAAGACCUUCAUGCUUCAAUACGGCCCCUUCGCUGGGAUCCUUGGAUUUUCACAAGGAGCCCGUGCCACAGCAAGCAUCUUGCUUGAACAACAGCGCGAGGCUUUUACUCAUGACGCUCUGUUUGGUGUCUUCUUCUGUGGCACGUUUCCUCCCUUCAUUCCUGAUGCCCCUGAUAUCAGCCUACCAACCGUACACAUAUUGGGACUCACAGAUCCCUAUCUUCGCGAAGGUGAAGUGCUGUUAGAGCAUUGUACGCAACAGAGUGUUAGGAGAGUUAUCAAGUUCAAUGGGGGCCAUCACAUGCCUACCAACCCAGAUGUCACUCAACAGAUUGCCGAUGUAAUUUCAAUGACAUACAGAACAUCACAAAGGAAGAAGGUUUCAAACAUCUGGAGAAAGAAGGUUCCAGAUUGCCGAUCUUUAGCGCUCGAGAGUUGA